AGUAAAGUCAGGAAAGCUGACCACACCACCAUGUGGGAUAAAUAGCUGGGAAGAGAGAGAAUCAGCCAUUGUCGCUACAGGUGGUCAUUGCACUUAAUAAAAAUCAAGCCCACCACGAUCUAUUGGGAACGAACAUUAGGAAUGGGGCCUAAAUUAAUCAUAAUUCAAAUUAAAGGAUUUUUAAAUAACAGAAGAUAACCGAUUCUGACAAACGCAACUGUGGUUAAUAUCCUGUUACCUGUUGGGCAACCGAUCUGUUAUUUUAGUUCAGUUGCAAUUGACGAACCUAAAUGUUAAAAUAACGAAAAGUAAUUUUCUCCAAAAUGUCAACAAAGCCAGAAAAUGUAAUGCACUAAAAUUAUAUGUCGAUGUAGAUCAGUGUCGUUAACAUUAAGAUCAUUAAUUAUCGAUAGAAACACGUAAUUUAUGUAAAAAUUUGCCAAUGCAAAUCUUAUAGCGUCAGCUGCCUUGAUACGAUUUAAAGACUUCCCCAUCAAAUCAUCCCAGAAACCGGAUAAGUCCUUCUUGUGCCAUACUGACAAAUUGGGGUAUGAAGGAUCGGUUCGAAAAAAGAAUAGGUCAAGGAGAUCUAUCUUAUAAAAUCAAUUAUCGAUUCUUUGAUAGGUCCCUACUGUCUGUCUAGUCUGUGGUCUAUGCCACUGACGCAAAUUGUAAACAAAUAUAAUUCCUUUAUUUUGUUUGUUUACCAACUAUUUCACAAAUAACUUAUACUUAUGUAAAAUUUUAAUUACUUAUAUUUAACAAACGGUAAACAUAUUAAAUUGAAUUUAAUCAUGGUCAAUCAGGAAGUACUUCGAGACUACUCAAGUUCAAUCAAAAACUUAAAAAGGGAAGCCGCUAACGCUGGUAUUAGUGAAGAAGAUUUCAAGAAAUUGUAUUUUGAAUCUCUCAAAACACUAGAAAAAAGUGAACGUCCCAGUUCAUUGACAAUUGUUAGAAACAAUAAACUUAAAAUAAUUAGCGUACUACUUUUGGUAUUUGCUUUAUUCAACUUCAAAUAUGUGUAUAGCAGUUUUGUGUGCAACUUACAAGAAUACAUAUAUCCAGGACUAAGGUUACUGAGAAAGAUCUCAAUACCAUUUAUUUCUUUGUUCCCUGCUUUAUCAGAAUACUACUAUGAAACUUGUUUAUUACAAAACCCAUUCUUCACUGUUGUCGAUAUGGAUUGUUGGCCAUGUAGUUCUAUCACUAAUAUUCAAGAGAUCUUUGACCCAAAACCAGUCACUAAACAGCACAUUGCUCCAUUUGUUUACCAGACUAGUCAAGAAAGAAUUUCAAUAAGUCUGCUUAAAAGUCUCUAUGAAAAAAAUAAAGAUAUUUUUGCUAAUGCAUCUCCAAAGAUUUUAUUAAAUAACAAGUUCUAUAUACAACCAGAAGAUAUGUUUGAUCUACAUGCAAAAGGGGAAAAAAAUAUUUAUGUGUGGAAAUUCAAUCGGAUGAAUGAAGCAAAAGUGUUACGACAACUUAUACCCCGACCGACAGUAGUACCGAAAUUUGGACAGAGCAUAGAGAGAUAUUUAAUAAUACAUACUAAUCAAGACUCAUAUAAAUUACCAGAUACUGAAUGUAAUUUCUCAUUCGUACUAUCAUUGAGUGGUGCAAGGACACUCUAUUUAAUACCAGCUGAAGAAUGCAAACAUCAAUGCAGGCAUUUGUCAAUUGAUUUAAAAGAAGGUUAUUUACUAUGGUACAAUUGGUGGUACUGGAGACCAAAAAUACAACCUACAGUUGACAAUACUACUUUCUUUGGCCAUAUAGGCUCAUAUUGCUAAUAAUAACAUUAAUGACUAAACCAAACCAACAUUUUGUGGAAUGUAAAGCAUGGCAAUACAUAAAUAAAAUAAAUAUCUUAGUCAAACUUU